GAAAUCUCCAUCGCCAUCAUAGGCGCGGGAAUAACCUCCCUAGCCCUCGCCCACGGCCUGCUCCAACACCCGCACAUCAAACUGCGAAUCUACGAAGCGCGCCCCAAGCUAGGCGAAGACGGUACAGGCGUGGGAAUCGGAGCGAAUGGGCAAAACGCCCUAUCGCUCAUAAGUCCUCAGCUGCGGCAGAGCCUCGACGAUGCCGGAGCGGUCAAGUGCGUGCCUUCGUUGCGGCUGAUGCUCGCUGCGGGGUCGUAUGCGGGGACGUUGGUGAAGGAGAUGGAUUAUGAUCCGCCGCAGGCGACGGUUGUGAGGUCGCGGUGGGUGUUUGAGAUGGUGAAAGCUGUGCCGGAGGGGGUGGUUCAGACGGGCAAGCGGUUGGCGGGGAUUGAGGAGGUGGCGAGUAGCGGGAAGGUGAGAAUGACGUUUGAGGAUGGUGGGGAGGAACUGGUUGAUGGCCUGAUUGGGUGCGAUGGGAUUAAUUCUUACGUGCGGUCGUACGUGUUCCCGUCCGCGGAGGGGAUUUGGUCGACGGGGUUCAACACGCGCAUGAUGAUUCCCAUUACGGAGGGGAGGGCGAUUUUCGGGGAUGAGUACUGCGCUAAGCAGGUGCAGACCGGCUGGGUGGGGGAUGCCGGCUUCUGCAUGACGGAUUUCGAGGACGGCGGGGACUUGAUGCAGGUGAUUGCAGGCUUCCAAACCGAUGAGCACAUUCCCGAGCUGUUGGGGAAAGCAUAUGCGGAAGUGCCAAAGUCGCUCUUCCUCGACCCCCUCCAGAGCUGGGGUUGGAUUGGUGAGCGGAUCUCCGAGGUCAUCCGGAGGCAGGAGAAGAUGUUUGCUGGGGCUCGGAGGGUGUCGCCUAUCGCAACGACAUAUGUUCGCGGCAAGGUGUGCGUAUCAGGUGAUGCUGCUCGCGCGUUCUCCCCGGCGAGAGGGGCCGGUGCUUCUGCGGGGAUCGAAGACGCGCUGGCACUCUCUGCUCUGCUAGGAGAAGCCCGACGGCCCGCUGAUGUGGGCAAGGCAUUCGCUCUGUAUGACAAGCUACGGCGACCAAGGAGGGACGAGGUUGCGGAGGCUUCGCUCGACGCGGGACGUAUCAUCACAGGCACCCACCCGGACGCUGGUACGGAUUUGGAGAAGCUGCGGGCCAAGGUUGCGGACUGGAACGGCUUCAUCUAUCGGUAUGAUCUCAAGGGC